UUGACGGCCCAUUCGUACCAAUAGCAGUUGACUCGUUAUACCUAGUUGUACUUAUUCUGUUAUAUUACGAUGGAUUUUCAGUGCGUGGUGUUAAUUUUACUAUUUGUUCAAAAUAUAACGGCAAAAAAUAUAAGCCUGGACAGGGCUACAGAUCCUGAUAUACUUGAAGAUGCAAGUUUAGAUACGUUUUCCCUGAUAAGAAAAUACGGGUUCCCGUGCGAAAUGCAUAGAGUUUACACCGAAGAUAAAUAUAUAUUAGAAAUGCAUAGAAUUCCCCAUGGCAGAGACAACGUCAGUACUGAAAAGAGACCGGUUGUAUUUCUUCAACAUGGGCUUUUGUCGUCAUCUGCUGAAUGGGUGCUCAUGCUGCCGGGGAAAGGACUUGCGUACAUUUUAGCAGAGGCAGGCUAUGACGUAUGGAUGGGCAACGCUCGAGGGAACACAUAUUCUAAACACCACGUCUCAUUAAAUCCCACAUCAUCAUCAUUUUGGAAGUUCAGCUGGCAUGAGAUCGGCUACUACGACCUUCCUGCCAUGAUAGACUAUAUUAUAAAGGAGACCGGUGUCGCUAAGAUACACUAUAUAGGAUUUUCUCAAGGGACUACAGCGUUUUGGGUGAUGGCAUCUACUAGACCUGAAUAUAAUGAUAAAAUCGUGGCUAUGCAAGCCCUGGCUCCGGUAGGCUAUGUCGGAAAAAUUCGUAGCCCCCUGAUAAAGGCCAUUGCACCAUUUACUAAUCAAAUGGAAAUUUUAUUUAAAAUUUUUGGUCAAAAUGAGCUCCUGUCAAACGGGAAGGUCAACGAGCUGGCUGGACAGAAAUAUUGCGUGGAAGAAGCGAUAACUCAAGCACUUUGCACUAAUCUACUUUUCCUAUUAUGUGGAUUCAACGAAGAACAACUAAAUGCUACAAUGCUUCCCGUGGUUCUGGGCCACACGCCCGCCGGCGCUUCCACCCGGCAAGUCGUACAUUUCGGCCAGCUUUACAACUCGAAGAAAUUCGUCCAAUUCGACCACGGCUGGAUCAGCAACAGACGUAUUUAUGGGUCCUUCAAGCCCCCGGCCUACAACCUCAGCGCCAUUACAACUCCAGUGUUCUUACACUACGCUGACAACGACUGGCUAGCUACCCCUGAUGACGUCGAUAAACUGCUGAAAGAAGUCAAAUCAGCUAUGGGAAAAUAUCGAGUGCCAAUGGCCAAAUUUAAUCAUUUGGAUUUCGUUUUUGCUAUCAAUGCAAAAGAACUCAUUUAUGAUAGGAUGCUCAAUAUUAUGACUCAAUUUAAUAAAUGACAUUUCUUUAUUUUAGGCACAUUUUAUUUACUACCUGAUUACUGGUGAAUAAUGACCGAUUUUAACAUAAAAUAUAUUCGAGAAGCAGCAUUCAGGUUA